AUGUCUCUCGAAGCCGAAUUCCGUCGUGACGCCAACCCAACGCCCACGCGCUUUCUCCUGGAGUAUGGAGCCUUCACCCCCGGAUUUGGCCUGGACAACUACAACCCUUUCGACGCCAGCCUAAAAUUCCUCAACACCGGCACUCCCAAGGCUGAGCUAAACCCUUUCGACACCUUCUUCAAAACCCCAUCCGCCGCCAUCUCUGUCGUCAACACGAACAACGGCACCAACUCGGCGUCCACAACAUCAGCCCUGACACGGCACGAGGCCGCAAAGAUACAGCAAAAGCGUGGCGCUGAGCGUCACCCCUGGGCCGACAUCAUGAUGGACGAUAUGGCUAUGCCCAUGCCCCAGAUGUCGCCUGGCCUGUCUCCUUCAUCCCCUUCGAGCGCGUCUCCCUCUCCCCCAAUUGCAUCACCUCCUCCAAACAACUUUUCCCCGGACCAAUACCGCCCAUCCAUGACCAUUCCUCCUCACGCCACCAAUUCACACACUUAUGAAUACAACCCCCACCACAGCGAACAAUCGCUUCGCGAUCUCUCUCCAGUUUCGUCGUCAGACUCUUACUCCUACUCCUACCAUACACACGAGAGCCGCCAUCAGGCAUCUCAGCAACCAAAGGACAACCGCUUUGUUGAUAACACCCUGAUCCGCGAUAACCACAGUCAACAGCCGGUCCACUACCAGAACCAGAGUCAGUGCCAGAACCAGUCGCAGGUCCAUCCAGAAGACCGCGAGGACGAAGAGGACGGUGAUGACAAGCACGAGUUGGAUAUGAUGGCUGGUGAUAACGGAGCGCAUGCCUCGACUAUGAGCGGCGAGCCUUCUCCCUCCUUGUCCCCGAUCGAUCGCGAAUCAGGUGUGACUAUCAAGUCGAAAAAGGCAGUCCAAGCCACCGGCCGCAAGACAGGUCCACGGAAACGCUCACAUGGCCAGGACGAGUCGCCUGAAGCCAAACGCCAAAAGUUCCUUGAGCGCAACCGCAUGGCCGCAUCUAGGUGCCGCGAGAAGAAACGUCUCCAGACCCUCAAGACCAUCUCCGAUGCCGACGAGAUCACAGCGCGCAACCAGGCCCUCCACGAGACCCUCAACGAGCUCCAGGAGGAGGUCCGUCGCCUCAAGAACCAAAUCCUUUGCCAUCGGGACUGCAGCUGUGAUGUCAUCCAGAAAUUCGUCCACAGCAGCUUUGGCACCAGCAGCAGGAUGAGCGACAGCUACCCCUCGGCCGUUUCUUCGACCAUGCAUGACUUUCAGGAUAUGAUUCCCGUCCAUUCCAUAGAGUGUUAA